UUUUAUAAGUUCACUUCAAAAUAUAACUACACACAUUACAUUACUUGCACUCCAUCCUGCUUUAAUUUCGUCCCAAUUCACAAAUGGCUGCUGCAUCAGAAUCCGAUGCAAAACUACUUGAGCUCCUCAAGCUACCACAAGAUGAAGAAGAAGUAGAUGGCUUCUUGUUUUCUCAAAUGGCAUGGUCAAUUGUGGUUCCAAUGGCUUUGAGGACCACAAUAGAGCUUGGUGUAUUUGACAUCAUAGCAAAAGAAGGCAAAGGUGCAAAGCUCUCAGCAAAAGACAUUGUUGAUCACAUUGGAACCAACAACCCUGAAGCAGCAUCAAUGUUGGAUCGUCUUCUUAGGCUUCUUGCAAGUCACUCAUUACUGUCUUGUUCUGUUGUUGAAGAUCCAGAAAGCUCUAAUAACUUGCAUCACAGGCUGUAUAGCCUCUCACCUGUUUCCAAAUAUUUUGUGGGUGAUGCCGAUGGUGUAUCUUUGGGACCCUCGUUGUUGCUGCAUCUAGAUCAAGUCUUCACCCAAAGUUGGUUAGUAGUGUUAGACACAGGUGUGGGACAAGCAAUGACAAUUGUAUUUUCUAAUAAUGUUGUAGGUGUGGAGCACAUGGGAGGAGAUAUGUUUGAGAGUGUUCCUAAUGCAGAUGCCAUUUUCAUGAAGACAAUACUUCAUGAUUGGGGAGAUGAAGAAUGCUUGAAGAUAUUGAAAAAUUGCCUCAAGGCUAUUCCGAAUGAUGGGAAGGUUAUUGUGGUGGAAACAAUGGUUUCCAUUUUUCCUGAGCCAACAUCUUUUGCCGAGAAUGCUUUUAGAAAUGAUGUUAUCAUGAUGACUCAAAUGCUCGGAGGGAUUGAGAGAACAAAACAAGAUUUCAUGGACUUAGCAAAUGGAUCUGGAUUUAGUGGCAUAAGAUUUGUGUGUUGUGUCUCUAGCUUCUGGGUCAUGGAGUUCUACAAGUAAUUCCACACACGCGCGUAUUACUACUUUUUAGACUAUAUUUGUAUUUUGAAAUGUUUACAAUGUUUUUAUCUAGUUGUUUCAAUUGAACAAGUAUUUGUGUUUGUUUGGAUAGCAUAUCUUUU